AGGCGCUACCCAUUUUUUCUCUUUCUAAUUGUCUCUUGAAAAUAUCGUUCCUAGUUCAUUGAUUAUUCUUUCCAAUCAAAUUUCUUAAACUCAUAGAGUAAUACAAAAUAGAGAUCCUUCUUAAGAACUUAAGAAGGAUCUCUUAAGUUUUGUUUUGUCUUUUUGUUUUCGCCAAUACUAGUUGGUGAAAACCCAAGGUUUAUUAUUCUUCUCCUUCCUCUUUCUUUGUUAUAUAUUACUUCGUGAUUGUUACCUUCAUUAGGUUUCUUAAAUAUAUCUGAAAGUAUUAUAUUUAUUCAAAAUAUAUGUAUAUAUGCUACAUUAUUGUUUCCUUCGUUAGGUUUCUUAUGAAAUUAUGUUUCAUACAUAUAUAUGAUUAUGCCUAGUUUUUGGGAAAACUUCUUUUGAAUUUUCAUUUUUUUUCAAUUUUCUUUACUAGUGUCUUGCAAUUAUGAUGAUCUAAAUAAAAAAAGUAUGGAAAACAUUUUCUAGUCAAUCAUGUAAUAGCUUGCAACCUAUUUAAUUUUUCAAUGGAUUUGAGCUACUUAUCACAUAACGAAAGGGAAUUGGUAGGAAACUAUAUAAAUGACAUUUUGUAAUAAUAAUAUCGUAUUACAUUGUUUUUGCUUAUUAUUUCAUAUAACUAUCUCCUUGCAAGCGCAUUCUUUUCAAUGACAUUAAUUCUUUGGUUGAUUCAUUUCUAGGAACCUGAAUCCAUAUAUGCUACAUGUAUAUUGGAUGGAAGGGGAAUUGGAAGACAAAAUGAUUUAGGCAGCAUUAGAACUUCAACCUUUUGAAAGGGACAAGCCUAUUCAAGCACUGGUGACCUCUGAAGAUAAUUUGAGGAGAAAAUAACUUGCCAGAAAUAGGUUUCCAUCUACACACCAUACAUUUUUUUGUGUACUUUGUGGCAUCCAAGAAGUUGCAAUGGUAGAGGGAAAGAUUGAGAGAAUCCUACAAGCUGAUGCUCUAGAGGGUCUUCCUAUGGCCUCAGAGAGCAAUGUCUUUCCCAUGAUUCCAGAUACUGAUUCAUUCUUGCUAGUGCCCAAAAAUAAUGAUCUUGGGAAGGAAGAUGAUGGUGGGGAUGAAAAUGAUCAUCCUCAUCAAGAUGAAGGUAAAGUCGAUGGGCAAACAACAGUGUCAAAUGGUGGACACGUGAGAAGAUUCUCAACGGGGAACAUUAGCAUCCCAUACACCAAAGUAAAAAUCCUUUCCCGAUACCUUGCCACCUCGGGUGGUUCUUGCCACGAUUACUGCAAGUAUGGAGCGAGAAAAGAAGGUGAAGAAUGUGAUCAUGAAGAGACACACAACACAAUGAGUAGCUCAGGCACUUUGAGGAGGUUCAAUGAUACACUGGGCAAAGGGCAUCAUGACAUGUUUAAGCAAGCUGCUGCAACUCUGAUGGAGAGGAGGAGGAAAAUGGCAAUAUCCCACGUCACUCCAGCAAAGACGACUGUGGCUUUGAGUACGUGUUCUGGGAGCCCCAAACUUGAUUCCCAAACUGCAGGGAGUAGUAGAAAAGAUGUCACAUCAAAUAAGAGAGGAACCAAUAGUAGUAUUGUUUCAGAAGAUGGUGUUUCCCCAAAGCCUCAAAGACGUAAUCAUUCUUUUUCCAAGAAUGGUACUCACAAUAAUCCAUCCAGACUUGGCUCAUCAUCUUCCUCUGAACUAGGUGUCCUUGGCAGCCCAAAUUUGUACCCAUUAGUGAAAAGAGAUGUGUCGCCCUCUAUGAAGAGUACAACUCCCCUGCCAAAACCUGCAAUAGUACUAUCAGAAAUUGUUGCUAGUCCCAAACCUCAAAAUCCCAGAAGAUCAGUGUCCGUGCCUAAGGUGGAAGGUUCAUCUUCAGCCAAUAAGCUGCCCAUCUUGUCCAAGAUCUUCUCAUCCUCGUCAUCAUCUUUGGCAGAGGUUGGCAUCCCAUCAUCAUCAGGCCAUUAUUCGAAACCCCGGAGAGUUGAGGCUUUUGUUUCUCCGUUUCAUAGGAGAGGAUCUAGCAUGUCCAAAUUGUCACUCUCACUUAAUGACGUUCAAGUUUCCAAAAUAACUAGUCUUGGUACACAACAGAGGACAGAAUCAAGGCGAUGCAAGUCUCAUUUACCAAAGAGCCUUAGUGCUAGAGAAGAUAGAAGAGAGCAAAGAACUAAAAAGUUGGAAGCUUCAGUGACUGGUGCUCUGAAUUGGGGUUCCAUUUCUAUGAACAGAAAGACUGUCGGUUCUACGAGAACAGGUGCUAGUGAGGAAAAAGAGACUAUUUCUUCUCCUGCAAAGAAUAAGUUCUUGAGGAGACAAUCCAUCUCGGAACCUCUUAAGAGCCCAAGCAGAAAUCCUUCGAGAUUGAAUCUUGAGAAUAUGAAGGCCAUCUCUCAGUCCAAAAAGGAUCAGACCACCAAUAACAAUAUUAAUGUUAAGAAGCCUAAUGAAAUGGAGCAACUCAAGAAUGAACGAGUUGAAGAUCCAAUAAGCACAUCAUCUAUUGAUGUUGGUGAGCAGAACAUGAUUAAUAUUGAUAUGGAAGCAGCAACAACUGCCACGGAGAAAAGAGGUUCAAUCAAAAUAGCUUCACCAACCAAUAAAAUUGAGGCUAACAGCAACCAUAAUGCUCAAUCGAGUGCACUGUCCACAAGGGCAAGGAAUAUGUCGACGGGUGCAAAGAAUCACAUUCGUAGCAGCAACUCUCAUCCGUUCCGUGAGAAGUACAAGAUUAAUCUACGGCGCUCCAGAGCUCGAUCUGUGAUUUCUGAACCCAUGGCUAGAUCCAAGGAUUGUCACAGUGUAAUCUCAUCGACUGAAAGUUGUGAAACCGACCUUGUCCUAGAGCAGAAAGCAUUGGAUAGAGUUAUAACUUCCAGGACAAGUAACAGACGCACAAGACGUGGGACCAUAUUGAGCAUUAAAAACCGAGAUGAACAGCCUAGGAAACUUCAUUUCAGGCCGGGUAGAGUGAUCGAGUUCAAGCCUGAGAUUACUAGCCUCCCGAGGAGGCUCAAGUUUAAGAGGAGAGCACCACGAAGCGACAGCUCACAGUCCAAAGUUGAGGUGACUUCUGGUGUGUUAAGGAAGGGUGGCGGGAGGAGAGAAGGCCCUCCUCGUCGAGUCGAGUUUAUGGAUACCGAGAAAGUGAUAUUGAGACACCAAUACAUGCAAGGAGAGAAAGUGUUGCAAGCUUCACAGAACAACGUAAUCGAAGAAACAGCGAGUAAGCUGGUGGAGGACAGGAAGAGCAAAGUGAAGGCUUUGGUUGGAGCUUUUGAGUUGCUGCUCACUCUUCAAGAUUCCAAACCCGUUCCCACUAUUAGUGUAUGAGCACAUCAUCAUCAACUGUACAUGUCGAGUGGCGACGUCUUUUUCCAAGUGUCAGUGUGUUGUUAGUCGCAUGUAUACAUACAUACAUGCACACUUACAUUAUACUUAAGAAAGGGGGAAAUGAAGAAACAUAUAUACACAUUUGCUAAUGCACAAAAAAAAAAAAUGAAAGCAACCAGGCAUAACAUAAAUAAUGGUUUGAUAGCAUUUUCUUCAGUUCAACUCUUACUUCUCCCCUAUUGAUAUAAAGUGAAGGUGGAGUCUGUCUCUUUCACCCCAUUUUUUAGUCUCUCAAAUACUUGUGAGUUUCAGAUGGUUAUCAUAAUGCAAUAAAGAGUAUUUUUGGUU